CUCGCGGCGCUCUCAGGUGAGAGCACCCGCCCAGGACGGGCCGGACGGUGCACAAUGGCCCCUCGGGGCAGUGAGGGGCCGUGGCCCUCGGGCCGGACCCACCGCAGCCACGCCCCGCAGCCGGCACCCCGGGGUCCAAGUGCAGCACAGCCUCACGCCUCGUCGGGGGCUACAGUCUGACCCGGGGGACCUGCCCACGCCCCACGCCCCGUGUCCCGAUGGGCCUGUGCUAUAGCUUGCGACCGCUGCUUUUCGGCAGCUCGGAGGUUGCCCCCUGCGCCUCCUCGGACCCGCGCUCGGAGGACGAGCAGCCCAGCGCCGUCCCAGCCCCAGUCCCGGUCCCAGCCCCGGCUCCAGCGGGGACACUGCUCCGACGAGGCGCUGGCCGGAACCCCGCGAGCGCGCGGCCGGCAGUGGAGCUGCAGAGCCGGAGGCGGCAAGAGCAGCUGCGCGCCGAGGAGCGAGAAGCCGCUAAGGAGGCGAGGAAAGUGAGCCGCGGCAUCGACCGCAUGCUGCGAGAGCAAAAGCGCGACCUGCAGCAGACGCACCGGCUCCUCCUGCUGGGGGCUGGUGAGUCCGGAAAAAGCACUAUCGUCAAACAGAUGAGGAUCCUGCACGUCAACGGCUUCAACCCCGAGGAAAAGAAGCAGAAAAUUCUGGACAUCAGGAAAAAUGUCAAAGACGCUAUCGUGACAAUCGUUUCAGCAAUGAGUACUAUAAUACCUCCGGUUCCACUGGCCAACCCUGAAAACCAGUUCCGGUCCGAUUAUAUCAAGAGCAUAGCCCCUAUCACCGACUUUGAAUAUUCCCAGGAAUUCUUUGAUCACGUGAAGAAGCUGUGGGAUGAUGAGGGGGUGAAGGCCUGCUUUGAGAGAUCCAACGAGUACCAGUUGAUCGACUGUGCACAAUACUUCCUGGAAAGGAUUGACAGCGUCAGUCUGGUUGACUACACACCCACAGACCAGGACCUCCUCAGAUGCAGAGUGCUGACUUCGGGAAUCUUUGAGACACGAUUCCAAGUGGACAAAGUGAACUUUCACAUGUUUGAUGUUGGCGGCCAGAGGGAUGAGAGAAGAAAAUGGAUCCAGUGCUUUAAUGAUGUCACCGCCAUCAUUUACGUGGCAGCCUGCAGUAGCUACAACAUGGUGAUCCGGGAGGACAACAAUACCAACAGACUGAGGGAGUCCCUGGACCUGUUCGAAAGCAUCUGGAAUAACAGGUGGUUACGGACCAUUUCUAUCAUCUUGUUCUUGAACAAACAAGAUAUGCUGGCAGAAAAAGUCUUGGCAGGGAAAUCAAAAAUUGAAGACUAUUUCCCAGAGUAUGCCAAUUACACUGUCCCCGAAGAUGCAACACCGGAUGCGGGAGAAGAUCCCAAAGUUACGAGAGCCAAGUUCUUUAUCCGAGAUCUGUUUUUGAGGAUCAGUACAGCCACAGGCGAUGGCAAACAUUACUGCUACCCCCACUUCACCUGCGCCGUGGACACGGAGAACAUCCGCAGAGUGUUCAACGACUGUCGUGACAUCAUCCAGAGGAUGCACCUGAAGCAGUACGAACUCUUGUGAGGACUGCCUACCCCUCCUCCUCACUGCCGCCUCUCCUCCCUCUUGGCCACCCCAGGAGGCGGUGUAUCUCCCCAGCCUGCGUGUCUGUCCACCCCGAGCCAUGGUAGGGCAUAGUGAGUGUUUUAGUGUCACGGGGCUGCCACCUGUCCUGUCCUAGGUAUGCCUACGUGUGACCACCAAGCCUCUGGCUACCUCUGUCCCCCAGGUUUGGUUUCUGUAGCUUUUGUUUCUCACUGGACUACACAGCCUCCCACCACCAAUCUGUAUCACUGCAAAGCCACCAACUCUCACGUGGGGGAUACUGCAGUGACCCGUCUGAGUGGGAACCUAUCGAUUCUUUGAUUGGUCGAGGGGCUGACUCAUCAAAGGCAGCGUGGUAAAUCGGAGAAAUACAUUGUUUCAAAUUAUCAAGCAUGAUCACCAUGGACUGUGGCUCUUUCUGGCUAGCAGGUAGCUGCCCCUUCUGAUCUGCACUGGCCCAAUGCUUAGAGUAGACCCGAGCCAGCCACAGAGCAAGAGGAAUUCUUUCCGGCCACGGUUGCAGUGAGGGCCUCUCAGAGCCUCUUAUGUUUAGGCAGAAAAGCUGCCCCAUUCACUACUGCAAACUGUGUCCUGUCUAUACAUGGCGGUGUCCUCUACACCUUCCUGAUAGCUGGGCAUGGUCUUUCCUAGUUCCUCUUUGUUGUUGCUUUACUAGACUGUACAGACCCGCACAAUGUAAUACUCUUUUGUAUGACUCCUAACAAAACCUCCUCCUUGUAGCGUUCUGUGCCUUGGUGAUGGCCCCACCUGUAAGGAAAUGUGUCCCAGCUGUGCCAAGCAGCUUGCGGUCCGCACAACCUGCUGCAGACACAGUGGGGAAUCGGUGGGAUCUGUUCAUCUUGGGAUAUUUUUUUUAUCAGGUUGGUAUUUAUGGACGAUCGUUACAGAAUCAUCUACUUGACCAGCAGUGCCAUCCCAACACUGGAACUGUCGCAGCCGCCUGCUUUCAUUGCUCUGAAUCUCAGCUGCUGCAAACACUUGGGACCACCCGAUUCCAAGGCAUAAAUUAGAAGCUACUUUUUUUUUUUUUAGGGUACUAAGGGUUUUCUCUCCCCCCUCCCCCUCCCCGCCCCACACAGAUGAAAUGUUUGUGAAGACUCCUUCAGGUUCCCUAGGCAGGAGCAGGCCUACCACCCCCUAGUUAAGUUCUAGAUACAGUCCCAUCUUAUGAUAAACAGGUGACCAGAGGAAAGCAAAGUAGCGUCAAUGUUGUAGCGGAGUGAGGGCAGGAAGGACAGCACCUUCUGAAGAUGAAAUACUACAAAGCUAUUUACUUAGUAUCUAUCUAUCUGCAUUGCUAGGGACGAGCCCAGCACCUGGAGCAUGCUAGGCAAGCACUCUACUGCUAAUCCUUAUCCACAGCCAUGACGCCAGCCCCACAAAAACCUUUGUUUUAAAUAUAAAGACAGACUGUAUGGCUGCUCCCCACAUGUGAGAUCUGCAGCCGCGACCUCAAGUUACGGUAGGAACGCCUAGAACAUAAAAGCAGCUGCGUCAGGGCACUGUUGGCGCUACCUACGGCCAAGGCUCUGGGAAUAGUUCUCUUAGGCUUAGAGUUUUCUGUAAAGAUGUCCUAGGUUAAAUAUUCAACAGUACAAACACACAGGAGUGACCGCCUGUGUUGCUUUACUUAUUCAUCUACUUAUUGUUCUCUCAAGUUUGUUCCACUUAAGUCAGCAUUGCAUAAUGCUUUGUACACUCAUCGUGGCUGAGACGCUCUUCUGGGGAAGGAUGGCAGCCUCGGUCGCGACAGCACGCUCCUCGCCACUGUCUGUGCCACUCUCCACUGCUGCACAAACUUCCGGCUGAGCCCACACAUGGCAGGAAAGUGACUUUCAGUUCCCCUGCACGUUCCAAGCAAGAAGAAAAGCUCACACACACACACACAUACACGUGAAGUUUUAUACCACUAACAGUUCCCUGUUACUAAAGAACUAUUUAAAAGUGGUCUAGGGGCUGAAUGUAUAACUCUGACAGAGCACACAUUCAGCAUGCAGAAGCCCUGAGCUCAAUCAGAAUAGAAGAAAUAUAAAUAAAUAACAUUCGAUCAUUAUAAAGAUCCAGACUCCUUUAGGGAAAAAAAAAAUAUGCUUUAUUUUCAAAUUCAAACAUCCAGGUCCUCCAUUUUUGAAGUUUGAAUCACCAACAGGCAUUGAAUCAGAUGUGACAGGUUUUUCUCCUAAAGAGAAAAGUCACACUUAACUGAAAAUCUGGUUCCAUCAGCACAGAAACAAGUUCCUGCAUAUUGAAUCUGUCCUUUUGAGCAUACAACUUCAUGAUCUAUGAGAAAUUGAGAGCCACUGCAGAGAGGGACAGAGAAAAUCCAACUCUUCGGUACACACGAAGCCUCCAACGUGCACCAAGACUGCCGGGUCCUUUCUGGGGAAGCAAGGGCUGUGUGUUGUGCAUGCUAGUGACAGUGUCCAUGACAUUUAUAUACUGUACAGAUGCAACCUUUGAUUCUACAUAUAUUUGAUAAAACAAAAAGACUUGUUAUCGAGUACAUGCUCCGUUUUCAUAGCGUGAGAGCAGGACAGGCAGCCGUUUACUCUGCAGCCACUGGCGUGGAUGAUUUGGCAUUCCCAUGAUGCGCACAAGGACAAUCACUACUAUUUGCUCACCUCCGCGGCUCACAUGAGCCCCACCACAAGUCCUAUGCCUUUGGUGUUGAUUUAUAUUACCAAGAGGCAACAAUCACUGGCUUCAUCAUCUUCUCGUGUGCAUUCUCCACCGCUUCCAACCAGACAGAAGAGAGGAAGGCAAGCGUUCAAAGUGAGCUAAGACGAGGAGCACAAGGAAGCUAACCGCCGCGCCAUAGGUGGUCAGCACCCUGUCCUCAAAUGGGAGGUAGCACUUGGAGAGAGCGUAGUCUCUGGAUGUCAGACUUCCCUGGGGAAGAAAUAGAAAGUUGAUGAGUGAGUCCCAAGGGUGAGUCCCAGGCACAGCAAUCUGACUUAGAGGCUGUCUUCUAGGCCCCCACAGGUGGGUUCGGGAGGGAAGAGCCCUCUUCAUUCAGGACCAAGGGGCUUUGGGCAUCACAAGUCACCACCGGCCACAGAGGUGCUAGCAAAAGAAAGACACCAAAGCUCUGCUGGCUCGGGAAGGUCACAUAGUAGAGUAGCCCUGAAGGGAGACGGAGAGGCAUCAGUCCCAGAGGAACAAGAGCACAGAGUGUCCCUGCCGUCUGAUAGCAGAGCAGUCACUGUCGCCCAGAGUACCCCUGCCUCUCCACAGUUCGCAAUGUGGAAUCAAGGCAGCAAAUGUUUUCCCUUACUUGAACUUGAAAACACACGGGGCCCCCACCUUUUUCUAGGUAGAACCAUAGAACAGCAGCAUGAGGCUGAGUGCAAGACCCAUGGUUACAAAGGAGGCAUUUCACUGAGUCAGCACCUUUCCCCAGCUUGGGGGUUCUGUAGCAGCGUGCGCCUGGCACACUUAGGAAAUGAGAGGUGACAAAGUCUACUUCACCUCUGCUCUCGAGAUAAAAUUCUGGCAGAUGCUCCUCAGAGUCCCUCUGAAGCCAUGAUCUGCCUGUGUGUCCCCAGACAGGUGAUUACAGACAGGGGGUGUAUACAACUCAGAGUACAAGGAGGGCGAUUGAUUUCUGGCUUUUGUAUGUUUUUACAGAUUGCAGCCGUUAAAUAGUUGAUUCCUGUGUUGAUCUCAAUACUCCAGAAAGCUUUCAGAUAAAAAUAAAGGUUUACGUUACCAUGA